AUGACUGCCAUGGGUUGUCAAAUACCUUCAUUUCACCAAUUAUGCCUUGCACAUGGAAUUCAGUGUGCAGUGGUGAAUGUCAUAUAUAAGAACUUAUAUAGUCAGAGUGUAGAAACUGUCGAAAAUUCAGAAGAAAUAGACACAGAGGACACAUUAUCUACAAUAGUAGAUUCAGAGGCAGAAGAAUCAGAAGAUGAAGAAACAGAUGAAAAUGACGAUGGCCAAGGUUUUGUAGUUAGUAAUGCAGAAACCAGAAGUGAAUCCAGGCUUAAUGUCGAUUAUAAGGAUUUGAUUGUUAAAGUACGAAAGGUAGUGAAAUUUUUCAAGAAGUCUCCAACUAGGACAGAAGUUUUAAAUGAACAUGUCCUUGAAGAUAACAAAAGAGCGGGCCUGGUUUUAGAUUGCAAAACGCGGUGGAGCAGCAUGGUGGACAUGGUUUCAAAAUUUUUGCUUUUAAAGGAUGCAAUAUUAAAGGCACUGAUUGACUUGAAAGAAAAAACUAUGUUCAGUACCUACGAGCUUGAUCUUUUGCAGGAUUUAUCUACGACUCUCACUAUCGUAAAAAGCACUGUAGAAGCUUUUUGCCAAGAAAAGGCGAAUUUAUUAACUGCGGAUACAGCCCUGCAAUUCAUGGUCACUAAACUACAAGAGAACAAUGGGGUUAUCAGUAGUAGACUCCUUCAGGCUUUAACAUUAAGAAUCGCUCAACGCCGACAAGCAGAUCUGGUAUGUACACUGAAGUAUUUACACAAUCCUAACAAAUACUACCAGGAACAAUCUUCUACUGUCUUCCCUAAAGUAGGAAAUGAUGUUAUCACCAAAGUCAUAGUUGACAUACAAAAAAAAAUACUUUAA